AUGAAUUUGAAAUCCUUUCCUCAGCUUUUCUUUAUGUUGUUUUUUAUGGGCUUUUCCCACAUCCAAAUUUGCUUGGGAGACUGUGAUAACCUACAGGAUACUUGUCCAGCAGUUCCACCUAAUAAGCAGACCAUAUUUAUCAAUGGUCUACAGUGCAAAAACCCAGUUAAUGUAACAGCUCAAGAUUUCAGGACCACUGAACUGAGCAAUGCUGGCUCUAAAGACAUUUUUGGUGCAUCUAUGAAAAUUGUGAGUGCUGCUGAGUUUAGUGGUCUGAAUACUCUUGGUCUCUCCAUUGGAAGAACUGAUCUUGAUGGGAAUGGCCUGGUAAACUUCCACUAUCAUCCUAGAGCUACUGAGAUGAUCUUUGUUACCAAAGGUGUGUUGCUGGCUGGAUUUGUUGAUACCAAAAACCAGUAUUUCCAGAAGAUUAUUAAAGUAGGUGAUGUAUUUGUGUUCCCCAAGGCUUUGUUCCACUUCUAUCUAAAUACUGGUUUUGACGAAGCCACUAUCUUCUCAGUGUACAACAGCCAAAAUCCUGGCUUUGUAUCCCUCAGCCCUACAACUUUCGACACAACAUUGGAAUCAUUAGACAUGAUCAAGAGGAAACUGAUCUCACUCUCUGCCUCUGAGGCUCAAGAUGUAUACAGUUUCAUCUCUCCAGAAAUGGAUAGCAUUUACAGUUAG